UCCCUAGAACCCCAUGCCAUGGGAAGACGACUCCGGCGCGAAGUUCGUGUGCAGUCUGUGCCACAAGACAUUCUAUAAUGCAGUCGCGCUGCAGAACCACAAGAACAUGCAACACGACGCGCAGUGCUCGGGCAGCGAUGCCGAGUUCCAGUCGGCCACGGGCCAGGUGCAGUGUAUGAGCGGCAUCAGCAGUUAUGACUACAAGUUCUAUCCGUUGAAAAAACCGUACGAUCCCAGUGAAAUAAUAAUCCAAAAAGACGGCAUAACGACCAAAACAUUUUCGGAAGAUACCACGUUCCUUAUAGUGAAGGUAGAGGGCGUCAGCAUCGACGACAAGAGGCGGCGGCUCGAGGGCGUGGUCAAGAGAGCGAGGAUGAAGCCGGUCAAGCAGACUGUCGACUUGAGGGGUCCCUUCACAUGCACCUUGCCAUCGACGUUGCGGCCCGACAUGCAGUGUCACCAAGUGUUCUUCAAUUGCUGCCAAUACUCCCUUCACUACCGAGAGGAACAUACUAAGCGACGAAAGGCCGCGUUGCGGUGCCAGAUAUGCGAGAAACGAUUGGACGAAGACUUUUAUUUAGGCUUGAGAGCACCGACUCGAGCUACGUUUUCCUGUCGUCUAUGUAACAUGACUUUUCACGAUAGUUUGGACUAUGAUGAGCACAACAGUUCCGUACACGCUAAAGUCAAGCCUCACCAGUGUUCACUCUGUGCAAAACGCUUCACUCAGCAAGGCGGUCUGCAGCAACACAUGCGAAUGCACAGCGGCAUCCGCCCAUUCGCCUGCACCUUCUGCCCUAAAGCUUUUACUCAACGGGCCGGAUUGGAUCAGCAUUUACGCAUCCACACUAAAAUAAAGCCGUUCAAAUGUGUUAUCUGUCACAAGUGCUUCUCCCAAUCAGUACACUUGCGGCAGCAUAUGCGCACUCACACUAACAUUCAGCCGUUCGAGUGUUCGGUUUGCGGGCGGCGGUUUAAGCAGACGAGUCACCUGAACUUCCACAUGCGGUCGCACGCGAACGAGUGUCAGGCGGGGGUGAUGGAGAAGUUGGAGCAGUUGGCGCUGCACGGGCAGGCGUCGCCGCUGAGCCUGGCGCGGCUGCAGCCGGUGCGGGACGGGGACACGCUGUACUACGCCGCCGAGCUGGCCACGCCGGACUCUCACUACUACCAGCAGGUCGCCGAGUCGGGAAACUACCUGCAUGCUUGAGGUAGACUUUCAUUGCUUGCUUAAUCUUGCAUAGUUGUAUUUUGUGCGUAGCCGCCUUAUAGGCUUACAUACAUGCCUUGUAGCACGUUUUUAUUAUUCCAAUGCAAUUCACUGUGACACUGCACGUAGCUUUAAUUGUAUAAGUGUAAAAGGGUACGUAGCACAAUGUUUAAAAUGAAAAAACCUAACGUUAAAUGACCUACGUUCAAAAUACCUAAAAUCAAAAUACCUAAUGAUUUUAAAUACCUAAGCAAGUUA